UGUUGGAAACUCACUUGUUUUUGUUUGUUUUGUGUGAUUGUUUGGAUCUGCUCUCCGGUCCCAAAUUCCGUGGUUUAACCCCUUCGCUCCCCGUCUGACGUUUCCCGGCCGUCUUUUUAUUGAUCGGGUAGCCCCGGCGCCAUGAUUUCGCCCCACGAAAGCUGCGCCGCAGUGACCUGAGGCCCGCACUGCACCUGCACUGUAGGCCGAGUUCCGGGUCUGGAGCUGGAGGCUGGAGGGCUGGAAGAGCAAGAGGCCGCCCCGUCCCCGUCCCGAUGAUGUGAGACAAGACGGUGGAGUGAUGUCCGCUUCUCCGGCCGGUGGGGCCGGGGCAACCCUCGGCCUCGGCGCAGGACCCGGUGGCGGUCCUGGAGGGCACGGUGGUCCCGGAGGCUCCAGUGGACCGAGCGGAGGCCCGGGCCACCCUGGCCCCAGCCAACCCCAUGCAGUGCAUGCCGUGGGGGUCUGGGAGUGGGAGAACAGGCAGGGGCGCUGGCGGCCCUACAGCCCCGAGGUGUCCCAGCUCCUGGAGAGGGCCCACGCCAAGAGGCUGACCAGAGUGAUUCUCAGCGAUGCUGAUCCGCUCCUGGAGAGGUACUACGUUAACCUCAGGACAAAGACCCAGUGCAGCGAUGACCUAGCUGUCAGUACGUCUCACAGUGUCAGACGGCAAUGUUACCCUGUGGAUUCACCAGCUGGUAAAGGUGCCAAAUGGGAGUGGGCAGGAGACUCAAUUGGAGAAUGGCAUACAUAUGAUAUGGACAUUCAGUGUCUCAUUGAAGAAGCUUGGGCCAAAGGAGAAAAGACUAUAGAUGUCAGUAAGUCACACCAUCUAGGAUUCCCAUAUAUUAUCAAUUUUUGCAACCUCACUCAAGUACGCAACAACACUGGCUACGUUAGAAGUAUCAGAAGAGUCCAGCAGGCCCCUUACCCGUUGUUGAAAGUCCUACCACAGGAUCUUGUCACAAGUCCAAGCCCUCCUCCGUUUCAAAACACUAGGAGAACCAAUCAGCCACGUCAGUUAACACCCACUGGGUCGAUUGCAAGUAAUGGCAGUGGAGGAAGCUCAUGGAGUGGUACCAGUUGUGGUGGAAAAAAACAGCCCACAGCACUAGCAAAUGGUAAUGCCAAGAAGACAAGUAAAAAGGUUAAGAACCCCAGUGAAGGAGCUGGAAACAUAGCACGCACAAUAUUAAGUAACAUAUUUGGAAAUAAAGGAGGGGUCCAUAACGGUACCUCUGGUGCCUUAACGAUAAGCCCCGCCUACCGAGCACCCACCGUCCAGAAGCACCCACCCUCUUAUCGGCCGAGCAGCAGUGCUAGUUGUAUGUUGAGGCCAGACCGGCCCGAUUCAGUCCUGGAUGCCGAUUCCAGCAGUACUAAAAGUGGACGUCGACCGUCUGUCGAUACCGUGUCCACCUAUCUGAGUCAAGAAUCAAAGGACAGUGAACUGAGAGCGUCAAGGAACACUGUGUCUGACUUACUGGAUUGUGGUGGCAGUAGCUGUGAUGAGGUGUUUGACUCAGCUCCUCCUCAGAGACCUCCACAUCAUCGCGCCAAAGGGGUCAUUGUUGGAGUUGAUGCUGCAAGCGAAGUAAUUUCCCAGUAUGUACAAGUUGUUGAUAAUCCUUGCUGGGGGUCCACAUGCCCUAUUUGUCUCUGUGAUCUUCAAGAUGAUAUGACAGUGGCAUUGUCCCGUUGCUCACACAUGCUCCACCUAAAUUGCCUGAAUAGCAUGUUAACUGGAUUACCAUGUGCAGAUAAGUGGCUUUACAUCCAAUGUCCCGUGUGUAAAACAAUCUAUGGUGAGAAACGUGGUAAUCAGCCACCCGGUUCAAUGGAUUGGACUAUUCUUCAUUACUCCUUGCCUGGCCACCCUGGAACAAGGACUUUCCAAAUAACAUACAACAUAGCAUCUGGGAUUCAAGGAAUGGAGCAUCCUAACCCUGGACGACCAUAUUAUGCUGUUGGCUUCCCUCGAGUUUGUUACAUUCCUGACACAGAAAAGGGGAGGAAGGUUCUGAAACUGCUGCGAAUGGCUUUUGAGCGCCGCCUGGUUUUUACAGUGGGACGAUCAGUUACCACAGGGAGGGAGGAUGUUGUAACAUGGAAUGAGAUUCAUCAUAAAACAGAACCUGGUAUCAGUCACAGUGGACACGGAUACCCUGACCCUGAAUACCUGGAUCACUGUCUGGAAGAACUUGCUGCUCAUGGUGUUACAGACCCAGAAGAUUCAAAUUUGUACCAAGAGUUACACUGAUAUUUUAACUGUAAGCUUUGAGUUGUCUCCUUUUUUAUCUUCUGUUCUCAUCUUCAAGACUUUAUGGUGAAGGUAUUUCUCCUGUGCCAUUUUUUACCCUAAAUACUCUGUUUUAAAUGAUAUUAUAUUUUCAUCAAGUUUUAAUUGAUGUUACAAAGUUGUCCUAAUUAUUAUACCUUGAAAAUACUUGUUACUGCAAUAACCUUUUUGUUAAAUAGAUUAUAUAAUAUUUUUAUAAGUUUUACAAAUUAUAAAAUUUUUAUGUAUCUUAUACCCCACUUUGUAAGUGAGUUUAUGUUAUUCUAGUAAAAGAUUUACCUUGAAUUUUUGAACCAAAUCCUUCUUAAAUGAAUUAGUUGAAGAAGGUGAAGUAAGUUUGUCAAGACUGAUAAGUGCCCCAGUCUCAUUGGGCUUGCCAAUCAUUGAUGCUGUGGAUUUUGUCUGAUUUACCAGAAUUGAAUGUGCCAAACUCCUAACUGAAUUGGUGAUUCUUGUUCCUGAAGAAAAUGUGUUAUAGAAGCCGCUUGUCUAUCAAUGUUAUGUAAAUUAAAAUUUGAUUCCCUUA